UAUUUGAUUCAUAUUAGUGUAUUGUCACUACAAACACAUUUAAAGAGUCGUGUGGGAAGAAAGUUGGAUUGGAAGGAGAAGCGGCUCGAUGCUUGUCAAGCGUUCUGCUCAGCACCACGGAGAGAGAAGGACUGCGCGCUCGGACAGCAGCUCAUCCAUCGAUAUGAGAGAACUGUUCCGGAAUCCGAGGAGUUUGGGCCGAGAGAUUUAAUAUUUUUAACAUGAACACACCAGGAUUUGGACUUCUUCUCUGCUCGUCAAGUACCCUGAUGUGGUUUUAUUCUCUGGUACAUCUUCAUUGACGUACUUUCGUGGCGCAAUAUGUGGAAAGAUACGCCGUGCGGAUAAGCCAUGGUAAAGGUGCCAGCGGAACCCCGCUUUACGCACGGCGCAGAGGAUGACAGUGAGUCUACACUGAGAGGUCAGUGAUCUCUUUAAAGUGGCGGACAGGAUUUUUUAACUGCAGUUAAUGAUCAGCGACGGCUCGUAGUGCGUAACUACGGACACCACGUGUUGGGAACUCAUCAGAAGGAUCAAAACAUGUCCACUUUUCCUCGGAGUUGCCUUCUUAGUAGUUUAGAGUGAGAAACAAACACACGAGCUGUUUCCGAUGGAAAAGUGAGAAGUCUGAGUGAACUCAGCUAGAGCGCGAAGUUGAAUGCCUGCUGAAUCUUUCUCAGUAGAGCGCACAAACAUAAAGUGACAGACAGCAAGAAUAACCUCAAAUCAGAAAAGGAGAAUACAGUUUCUCUAAAUGUUCAUUUGAUGUGACAGCUAUUUCUCCUCCUGCUGCUGAUUCAGAGGAAGAUUUGCCAAACAUGACACAAGUGAGAUCUGUUCUCUAAUUUUGAGCCAACAUACCUUCAUCCUUGAAUCUGUUGCACAGACUCCCUAUCUCAAACUCACAAUGGAGCCUUUGGACCAGAACCACUGGUUUCCCUUUCUUUCAGACCUGAACUCCACCUUUUCAGCAACACCUUCCUCCUUCCUCCUAUCCUACCCUCGUCUCUUCAACAUCUCCUCCAACAUAUCCACGCAGAGUAUUCCCUUCCAUGGCAGCAGCACCCUCAUGACGGCCAUUAUCUCCCUCACAGUCUUCAUGGUGGGUCUGAUCGGCAACACUCUGGCCAUCUAUGUGGUGCUGCGCUACGCCAAAAUGAAGACCGUCACCAACAUCUACAUCCUGAACCUGGCUGUGGCUGAUGAACUCUACAUCCUCGGCCUGCCCUUCCUCACCACACAGAACGUGCUGUCUUAUUGGCCGUUUGGCUCCUUCAUGUGUCGUGUGGUCAUGACGGCGGACUCCAUGAACCAGUUCACGUCAAUUUUCUGCCUGACAGUCAUGUCCAUCGACCGAUACCUGGCUGUGGUUCAUCCAAUCCGCAGCACCAAGUGGAGACACCCAAGGGUGGCCAAGGUGGUGAGCGCAGCUGUGUGGGCGGUGUCCUUCGUGGUGGUCCUGCCUGUAGUCAUCUUCUCUGAUGUUCAGGAGACAUUUAACUCCUGCAAUAUGAUCUGGCCCGAGCCAAAGAACGUGUGGUCGACGGCCUUCAUCCUCUACACUGCCACGGUGGGCUUCUUUGGACCGCUGCUCAUCAUCUGCCUCUGCUACCUGCUCAUCGUUAUCAAGGUGAAGUCCUCGGGGGCGCGGGCAGGCUUCACCAAACGACGGCGAUCAGAGCGUAAAGUGACAAGGAUGGUGGUGGUGAUCGUUGUGGUGUUCGUGCUCUGCUGGCUGCCGUUCUUCAUCAUCAACAUGAUCAACCUGGUGGUCAUCAUCCCGGAGUCCAGUGCCACGGCAGGCAUCUACUUCUUUGCUGUCAUCCUGUCCUACGCUAACUCCUGUGCCAACCCGGUGCUCUACGGGUUCCUGUCGGAGAACUUCAAACAGAGCUUUACAAAAGUGCUAUGUAUCAGGAGUAUGCGGUGUAAAUCCCCUGAUGUAGACGAUGGAAACCCCAGCAAUCCUCGGACUGAAAGAACCACGGCACACGACUGUGUCCUGCUCUCCCCUCGUAACCAGAUAUAUCAGGACCCACAGAGCAGCCAGAUCUCUCCUCAGCCUCCUGGCUCACCUACCUCACACACAGCCACCUCUCUAUCUGCCUUCCCUGGAAUCAGACCCACCACCACCACCACCGCCGCCGCCGCCGCCGCCGCCAACGCCGCCACCGCCGCCACCGCCGCCACCGCCGCCACCGCCGCCACCGCCGCCACCGCCGCCACCGCUGCCACCACCGCCUCUGUAACCUCUACAGCAGCAUCCAUGGUAACCUCCAUGGCGGAACUUCCCACCGUCACUGCCCUGACGACCCCCUCCUUGUCUUAACCUAUAGCUCCACUGCGAGAGUAGCCGACAGUCAUCAGGUGUUUCAGACAGCGAAAAGAUAACCUGAUAUAUAAAAACUAAGAUGUCAGAGCUGAGCGGCUGAAUUGACCAAUAUAAUCUUGGUUCUGCAUUGCACCACUUAUGUCCCCUAUGUAUCUGCACCUGUUGAACCACAAGCUGUUAUCAGACUCCAUUUUUGUUUCCAUUCAGCUAUCUAACAUAAGUGCCUUUUCAGCGCCUCACAGCAACUCUCACAGGACCUAAAUGAACUCAUAGGAACAUUGACUCUUUUCUUCUCUCACAUCCUGCCACAUAGCUAGGGCUGGGUGAUAAAAUGAUAAUGAUAAUUAUGGUGAUAUAUUUUUUUCUUGAUGGAAGUAUAAGAAAUGUUUGUUAAAAAAUGUAUAUAGUAUUUAAACCAGUAAUUGAAUCCCCCAAUCACUGGAGAGGGAGGGAGCACCAAUGUGCCUUAAACGCUAGUUGCCACUCAGCAUUAAAGAGAAGAAGAUGUUAACGAACAGCCAAUCCUGUCGCAGGGCAAGCAGUAGGCAUGCUAACAGACUUUAGGAUGCUUUGUUUGGGCGUUAACCUGGCUCAUGCAUACCAGUAAUCGAUUUUUUUUCACCAGUAGUACAAAUGGCCCGUUUUCAUCGCUAAUAGCUGGCAGGCAAUCUACACACUAAAUCUCAUCUUAAAGAAAGAACAUGCUUCCUAUUUGCAUCUUAGAUAAUUAUGGAUUAAAGAAGCUUAUCAGAGAACAAUUUUAUAUUUAUUGUGAUAACUAUCGAUAUUGACUGAUAUGAAAAACCUUAUUGUAAUAACAUCUUUUUCAAUAUCGCCCAGCCCUACACACAACAUGAGGAAAAGGAAGAUGGACUUGUGCUUAUGUAGCGCUUUUCUGCUCUUUUUAGUUCUUACAACGCUCGUCACAUUCACCCAUUCACACACCGACAGCAGGGGACCAUCAUUAUUAAGUCAUUCCACUCAUACGCACUCACUCACUCAAUCACUCACCUGGAGCCAUAUGGGAGUCAUUGUCUUACCUAAGGACACUUCAUCUGACCGCAGGAGCUGGGAUCAACCCGCCAACCUCCCAACUGAGAGAGGACCGACUCUACCACUGAGCCACAGCCGCCCUGAUAAGCCUGUGUUUACUUUCAGAACCAAAAACUUGUGCUGGAGAGGGUUUUCUUGAGGUAUCUGAUAGAGGUUUAAACUGGCAUUACAGGGUUCAAACAAAACACUGUGGUUAUAGUGCUGCAAAGAGAAGACAAAUUAAGAGGAUGUUAUUUUCAGUUUUAAAAAUCGGACUUAAUCAGACAGCUACACAGCACCGUGCACUUAAUCAAUACCACGUUUAAAUGUAGAAUAUUGUUAAAUGUGAUGAAAAAGCUGGGAGGAAUGUUGACAUCUGUUCAUUAGUGCAGGAAAGUCUGCUGUGAUAUUUUUGUAAGCUGUAUUUAAAGAAAAAAGACUUGCUUUUUGUUUGUCAGCUCUUCAGACUUGUGGCCUGUUCAGUGUCUUUGUAAAAACAUGAUCAGCAGUGAACACAAACCUCUGACCUCUUUGUAUAUAUGCCUCUUAAUUUGUGCAUUCACGUUCUUUGCAUGUCAUGCGUCUGUGUUUUUAUGUGUGUGUGCAUGUUUGUUUUGUUUCUGUUUCAAACCUUAAUCUGUACAUACUUUCAAAGCAGCAUAUUGUUACUGUUGUGAUUGUGUGACAUGAUUUUCUAUAUGUCCUGUUUUCCGUUGUUUCAAUGUUAUCUCUAAUCAAACUGGCAGCUCAAUACCGCAGCUGUUACAGCUGGGAACGCCUUUAACCCUGGAAAACACUUUCAUCGUCUGCUCUUAAGCUCUUAUGAAAGGCCUAGUCUCUACUCUCAGGACAAUUUAUAGAUCAUCACACCACUGCAACACAACUUUCUGAUUGGCUUGCUACAAGCUCUUAAAAGUCAUGUAACAGGUCACUGUGUGUGUGCUCUCUGCCAUGGUUGAACACUUAAUGACAACAGACCAUGCAAAGAAAUUGGACCAUCUCUGAAAAUUCAACGCAGCUUCUCCUUCUUUGUUGGAUGUACAGAAAGUGGGUGUAUAGUACCAGCAAAAAUGUGCUUUAAUAUGAGUUGUAUUGUGCGUAUGUAUUGUUUUACUAUCACUUUGAGAUGAGUCUUUCAAUGUUGGUACAAUCAAAAAAAGGUGAUGAGAGCUGAAAUAACCCCUGCAUCCGUGGUGGAGGUUUACCUUAGCAGCACGUACCUGAGCAUCGUUAGUAACAUUGAUUGAUGGUUGUUCUUUCUCUGCCUCUUUCACACGUGUAAAGAAAGAGAGAAAAGGCUUGAGUGGCAAGCAGCAAGAAAAAGCCAAUCAGGUAAAUAUAAAUAGCUGGGCUGAUGUCAGAAAAACUAGUGAAGCUGGAAGGAGGAGGGAAAAUAAAGGCUGCUGAAAAUGUCUGCUUCACAGAGACUGUGCUGUAUAUUUAACCAGCUUGUUGCACGUGUUCAUGUCUUUGUUGGAUUUCUUUGGAAUAAAAUAGUGUGUUAAAAAUCAAA